GAGCAUUGAGUGAAUGGUGCAUUCUGAUUCGCUGAUUCACGCUGAUUACUGAUUGGCCAAUGAAUGGUGCAUUCUGAUUCGCUGAAGACGUUCUUUAAGCUCCGCCCAGCAGGAAGUGUCUGUUACUGCACGUGUGAGAUGGAGGGUGUUGACAUGACUGAGGCUCUUACAGCUACCGGAUGCCUCCCUUCGGAAUUCAGGUUCAGCAGCUCCCCAACAAUGGAAAACAUACGUCAGCUCCAGGCCCAGUUCACAAGGGAGAGAGACUGGAAUCGGUUCCAUCAGCCCCGGAACCUCCUACUUGCGCUUGUUGGUGAAGUUGGGGAACUGUCUGAGCUCUUUCAGUGGCAAGGAGAAGUGGCAGAAGGUCUCCCUGGCUGGUCAGAGUCCCAAAGAGAAGCUUUGUCACACGAGCUGAGUGAUGUCCUUAUCUAUCUCCUGGAGCUGGCAGAGAAAUGCCGAGUGGAUCUUCCCCAAGCUGUGCUCGCCAAGAUGGAGCUGAAUGCCAAGAAGUAUCCUGCAAGCCGCGUUCACGGCAGCGCUAAGAAGUAUACGGAGUAUAAUGCCGACAAUGGAGCCUGCAGCUCAACGGAGCCAGGACUGAAUGCUUAAUUGACAAUUCAGGACUUAACAGUCAAUGACGGAAGUAUCCCAUCUGUUAGUGAGUGGGAGAGUUCCUAAAGAGUUCAUCUUCUGUGCUAGUGAAUAGUUGGAGAUCAGGUUCUUGUUGCCACAUUUCUGGCUUUAAUCUCUUGUUCUGGAUUUUAUUCUCGUUUUAGAGUUUGAUUUUAUUUGUA